AACUCGAAUCCAGACUUCUUCUCUAAAUCUCAAGUUCACUACUCUGCUACUUGUGAUCCAGUGUGGUCACAACACUUCCCACUGCUACCACUGUUAACUGCUGUCAUUGUCACUCGUCACUUUUUGAAAGUAAUUGUCAUCCCUUUUGAUUAAAGUCCUUCUGAGCACUACAGUCUGUGCGUCAGGAGCCUGCUAUCACUGGGAACUUUGUCACCCCGUCACUUUGUCAUUCUCAAACCUACCUUGUGCUACGAUUAGCAAGGUAGUGCUUGUCUAUACUCGCCACAAAGCCCCUAUCUUCUACAUUCCAACUAUCCCUCCUCCUCAAAACCCACACCCAUACAUUUCUGGGUUUUACUUUGAAGGAUCCCCAUGAACAACCAGAGCACCCACUGUUCUAAAAGGCAAAGCCCAUAAACAAGUUCCGUGG